AUGACAGAUAUGGUUAGCCUUGAUGAACUGAAUAAUUCGCUUUUCAAACUAUCCGAUAAACUGAACAAUCAACAUGUGAUAUUGGCUGGAGAUUUCAAUGCACCUAAUAUCGAUUGGAAAGAUUAUGCUCCAGUAAAGGCUUCUGUUCAUUCUGAUAGAUUGCUCGAAAUUAUAAACGAACAUGGACUUAACCAAAUGGUUAAAGAGCCAACAAGGAGUCAGGGAGAAACACACAAUAUACUAGACAUGAUCUUUACGAAUAACGAAAACAUUAUCAACAACGUCAAAGUACUCCCGGGAAUUAGCGACCAUGAUAUUGUUUAUUUCCAGGUUAAUUUAAACUGUAAAAAGAAAAGGCAUGUGAAGCGAAAAAUAUUCAUCCGGAAGCGGGCAGACAAAGAACUAAUACAGCAAAAGCUACGUGAGUUGGCUAAUAACUUUGAGUGUUCAGUGAAGCAGGAGUCCCUUGAUACUAAGUGGGAUGCGUUUCAACAAGGUAUUCAAAACAUAAUGAAUUCUUGCAUACCAUGCAAAUACACAUCAUCUCGUUAUAAUCUGCCCUGGUUUAAUCGUGCACUUAGGAGACAAACCCGAAUCAAACAAAAGUUAUAUAACAAAGCUAAAAAGUCGGGAAAAGAAAUUGCCUGGUCUAAGUUUAAGACGGCUAAGAAACAACUGAGUAAGAACCUGAAAAGAGCUAGGGAUACAUAUUUGUCUGGUUAUUUAACUGAUACUAUGCAAGAAAAUCCUAAGGCCUUUUGGUCCUAUAUUAAGAGAUUACGACAAGACAACCCGGGCGUUGAAGAUUUUAAAAUGGAUAAUGAACUCAUUAGCGAUGCCGGUUUAAAGUCUGAGGUACUUAGUAAACAAUUUGCUAGUGUUUUCACGACAGAAAAUGUCGAGAAUAUACCAACUCCAGGAAGUAACUUCACGCCUGCCAUUGGUAAUAUUGUGAUCACGGUGAAAGGAGUCGAGAAACAACUAGCAUCCUUAGAUGCAAAAAAAGCAAGUGGACCGGAUGGAAUUCCACCAUGGUUUCUAAAAGAAAAUGCAAGUCAAAUAGCACCGAUUCUGACAGAUAUCUACCAGGAAUCAGUUAGUAGCGGUAGCUUACCUGGCAAAUGGAAAGAAGCCAAU